AUGGAUCUCCCGCAGGACAAGUUCGCUCCAACAUAUGAUGAGCUACCCGAAGUCUUCAAUCCGUCAUCAGCGCCAGGAGCCACCUCGGAUCAUGGCUACAGCAGUAACCUCGCCUAUUCUCACAACUUCCACGCACCGGGCGGGCCAGCAGAGAAGAUUCCCGCCUUCGACACUGCUGACAAAGAAGUCGUGCACUGGCCGGCCGAUAACGGCUCGCCAGCCACGACGGCAGUUCACAACGCGACCGAGAGCAGCGCCACGGCAGAACUCGGUUCAUCUCACAAGGACAAAGGAUCAGGACGCGGCGAUGAUGACACUGAGCUUGCGGGCGGGGGCGAUACGACAAGGAAGCCGAAGCUUAUUUGCGGAUUCCCAGCGAAGAUGUUCUGGCUCGUCAUCGUGGUCGCCGUGCUGGUGGUGGCUGCGGCUGUGGGCGGAGGCGUCGGUGGAGGGAUCGCGGCUGGCAAGGGCAAGUCUGGCGAUUCUGACACUGCUGUUGGUGGCGAGAUGACCCCGACUUCGUCUCCAACAACUCUGUCCAGUUCAGCAUCAUCCUCAUCGCCCUCAACGUCCUCCGCAGACCCUUCCACAACACCAGUGACCCCGAGUCCCAACAGAUACUUCGCCUUUCAAGCUUUCGAACAAGCCAACUUCACAGGCGCCUCCACUUCCGUCAUCAAGGUCGAGGGCGCCCUGGGCUUGCCCUUCAACAGCUCGAGCUACAUCUGGCAGCGCAAUGGGACGGCAUGCUGCACGACGUUCUGCAUCGGCAAAAGCUGGGUGGGCUGGUGGUGCCAGGACAAGACGCAGCCCGAGGCGUCGAGGAAGUUUGACAACAUCGAGAUUGGAUGUUCAGGGGCGGAGAGCGAGGAGUACUCAAUGGCGAAAUGCGCGACCUAG